AUGGAAAACGCAAAUUUGUGGACCAGACGUGCUAAUACUGGCAAACUAUCGUUGUCUAUGAGAGAUCAGGAAGGCAAGGAUGUCAGCAAGAUAGAUUCUCCUCGCUCCUAUACCAGCAGACGCUUCGGCGAUACUUCAUCCCACGGCAAAUCAAAUCCCUUCAACGCUCUCUCUCCUUCUGCCACCAAAACCCCUUCAGCAAGCGCAUCUUCGGCUUUUGGACUGGGUAGCGGGGCGUUCGCUUCCUUUGGUUCAGCCAAAACCCCCAAGACCCCUGGCGCCGGGUCGGCCUUCGAUUUCCCAUCGCGUGAGAAAACCGAGAAGAGGGAGAAGGAUCCAGAUACGCCAGGAGAGACCUCAGAAGUAGAGCCAUUGCAGGAGUCCCCGGGGUCACCUAAGACAUCCUCGGAGCAUCCGCUGCGAAACACCUGGAACCUCUUCUACCGGCCUCCUGCUAAUAAGUUCUCCGACUACGAGAAGUCUACCUUGAAAUUGGCGUCCAUCAGCUCCGUGGAAAGUUUCUGGACAAUAUACUCUCACCUGAAGCGGCCGUCUCUGCUACCUACUGUCUCCGACUACCAUAUCUUCAAGGACGGCAUUCGUCCCGUCUGGGAGGAUGAGGCGAACAAAAAGGGCGGCAAAUGGAUCGUAAGGUUAAAGAAAGGUGUGGCGGACCGCUACUGGGAGGACCUGCUGCUGGCAAUCAUCGGUGACCAAUUUCUGGAGGCGGGAGAGGAGGUCUGUGGUGCGGUGCUCAGCGUUAGGAGUGGCGAGGAUGUUCUGAGCGUCUGGACCAAGAUUGAUGGAGGCCGGAACAUCAAGAUUAGGGAGACCAUCAAGCGAAUACUGGCUUUCCCUCCAGACACCAACAUUGUGUGGAAGAGCCAUGACGACAGCAUUGCUCAGCGAUCAGCCCUAGACGAAGCCAGACAGCAGAAGGUCAGCGGCACUCCGGGCCAUCCUGGAGCAGAGAGACGGCGUCCAACCCUACAUGAAGACUCUGAAAAGAGCAAGGGUAAGGGGAUAUCAUGA